AUGAGUCGCAUGCAGAACGGCCAAUUACCAAUUUCCCUGAAGAGGCCAAGCGAAGAAAGUUCCACUCACUCGGAAGAUACUACGGUGCACAAGUACAACUACAACCAUCACAGCAGCGAUUCUAAUAAUAAUAACAACCCUCCCGAUAUUGAAAAAUGUCAGCCCUACCGGGGGUAUAGGCGACACGAUGAUCACGAUGACGAUGACAAUGACAAUGACACGGAAAUUCUGAGCAAUGCUAGUGGUGAUAGCAGUAUUAGUAGUAGAUAUGGACGACAAAGGUCACGGGUGGUGAUGAAGCUCUACGCGGCGUCUUAUGUCGCUUUUGCCAUUCUGUCGUUCUUCUCUGCCGCUUAUUACUUCUUGUGCUGGAUGCCGUAUGAACCGUCCAACAGUGAUCCAUUCCCGGGCCGUCAUCGGUGA